GCCCAACCUUGUAAGGCCUGGUAACCGGGCAGGCUAGGUGUCUUUUAUACUCCUCCUGAACAUGCUCACACCUCGAUUGCGAAAUCACGUUUUCGAUUCGUCUAUCAUGCCCUCUACUAGUACCCCCGACUUUGACAGUGGUAAAGCUAGUGUCGAUACUAUCAAUGUGGCACUCAAGCGGUCUCGCUCUCCGACUCAGAUGGGUGACAUUCCUGAACUGCCGAAGUUACAAGGAGAAUCUAUUCUGGAAGUUUUCACGCAUAGGUCUUUGCGAAUAGCAUGUAAAGCCAGUUAUCACGACAGUGAGACGUUGGCGGUUCUAGGAGAGGAGGUGUUACACAUGAUGACGACGCAACUACUGCUUUUUAAGAAACCCAGGUUGAAGGUGGAAGAGAUCACUAAUAAAAGGCAUAUGCUUCUACAAGAUGAAAUGAUCGACAACUGGACAAAUUUGUACAGGUUAAGAAAUCAAGUGCGUUGCGACCCAAGCUCUUUAUCCUCACUGAACAGUGUCCAAGAAGGCCGUCUAUUAUUCAACGCUUAUCUCGGCGCCGUAUUUGCUCAGGGUGGAAUCAAACCAGUGCAAGAGUGGAUAGGUGGACUUUUUCGACUUUCCAGUGAUCUUUUCAGAGACAGUUCGACGGCAGAGCCUGGGCCCUCUGGCUUGUCAUCGCAACCGGCCAAAAAACUGAAGGUUGACGAUGAGCACUAUAGCGUGCUCCCACCAUCCUCAGCUCCGCCUCCAAUACCUUCACCUCCCCCGUUUACAGCAUUUCUUUCUAAUCCUCUAACCCCAGCUCAACCUAACCUUGCCUUUUUACCCCUCUUCAAUCAAGCUGCGCACCAACGUGGUGUGACUAUUUCCUAUCCAGCCACCUUUUCUGGCCCAGCACACGCAGGAACAUGGGCGAUUACAUGUGUUGUCAACGGGAUAAAAAAGGGGCAUGGUUGUGGACCGAGCAAGCAGCUUGCAAAAGAAGAAGCGGCGAAGGAAGCCUACUUUGCUAUGGGAUGGGCACCUCGUGGAUAACACAAAGCAUGAAGUAUUGCGUUGUAUAUCAGUCAAGAGCACGCAAUAUAAUGUGUUCCGAUAACAGUGCGACUCGGGCAUAUAUCAUCAACUUCGCCUGUAUAUCGGGGAACAUGCUUGGCUGUGCCCGAGAAACUCUAUUAU